AUGGGUGCCUCUUCAGUCUUACCUACUGAUCAUACCAUUGCGGACUUCAUUUGGGAGAACAGCAACGGAGAAGCCGCUUCAUCGCAACGUUUGCAAAGUGUUCGGCUUUCAGAGUAUUAUGCGGAGAGAGUUUCGACGAACAGGCUCAGUCACAGCAAAGCUGACAUACAGAAGGCAAUCGUGCAGCUCAAAUUGAAUCCUUCAGCAUCGAAAGACUCGAUUCGAUCAGCAACCGACUGUGGAGGUACCGGCGCAGUUCUGGAACACGCUGUAAGGCUGAUGUUCAUGACUGCGUGUCACACUGAAGGCACCGCACUCGGAGGCUAUAACAUAUAUAAAUGGACAGAUAAUGAGACACUAGUGGCCUUCUUUAAGCGUGUCUACCCACAUCGGUCUGCUGGAGGGAUACCCGAACAGUCUGUCAAUAUUAGGAAUCUCAGUGCCCAUAUCCUGUCUAAGAACGCCAGAAUUGAGAUCGAUGCAACUGACAAUCUCUCGGAUCACUUGUCUUUGAUUCAGGGAGAAGGAUUCAAAACCCUGUUGGUGUACCAUCAUCGAGAGUUUCUCGAACGUAGCCUGGAUAUUUUGAAGGCCGACCAGGAAGAGUUAAACCAUUCUUUACCUGAAGCCAUAUCCAUUGGCUGUCUACCCCCGAAGCUUCUCGAGGAUACACUCAGAACCCUCGAUCUUCUAUUCCCUCCCUUCGGUGACGGGCGGUCCCGACGAAUACUGAAGAAAUGGGUCCAGCGGCAAGAUCUCGAUCCCGAUCUCCUGAAGCCGUCCCGCCAUUCUCUAGGGUCUCCAGCUGGUCAAGAACUUCCCGAUGACCUUCGCGGCUUAUACACGCAGCACCCGCACUGGGCCCCACAGCUGGUCCGUCUGCUGAGCGAGGUCGACCACCCGACGCCGACUACUAGAUGGGAGCGGUACGCAGAACGGAGGAAAUCGCCUCGACACAUGUACAAUUGUGCUCUUGCCGCCCUGAUUAUAGCGGCUGUCUUCGGAAUUCUGGCCACGGCGCUGGCGGCGGUCCAGGUCUGGAUCUCGUAUUGUGCAUUGGCGGAUGACCCGUCCAAGGCCUUAUGCCGAAAGUAG